AUAAAGAAAAGAAAAUAAAAUAAAAUCACACUAAUGGGAUAAUGUAAAGUGUAAAGUAUUUGAUAUGUUAAUUUUACCAUUAUUUUUUUGCUUUACUUUUGGGUUAAUUAAUAGUACUAAUAUUCUAUUCCAUUCUUGUGCUCAUAAAUCAUUGUUCAUCAUCCACAACACAACACUGAGCUCACUUCACCGACUCAGAAGAAGAGCGAAGCGAUGGUGAGAGUAAUUCCCAUGGCUAGUUCUAUUCGACCCACUCUUUCUUCAUUUAGGUUUUCACCUCUCUUCAAUCGCUCUCCCAGAUUCUCUUUCUCCCAUUUUUCCACCGCAGUUCCACAAUCCCAAAGUUUUGGCAUAAAAGCGUGUAGAUUGUUAAGACAAGAUGGAAACUCUAUGAGAGUUAUGUCAUCUGGGAAUGUGUCCUCACCACUCACUGCUGCUUCAUCAGAAAAUGUUCUGGAAUGGGUUAAACAAGAUAAGAGAAGAAUGCUUCAUGUUGUAUAUCGUGUUGGGGACUUGGAUAGAACAAUUAAAUUUUAUACUGAGUGCCUGGGAAUGAAGCUCCUCAGAAAGCGUGACAUACCCGAAGAGAGAUAUACUAAUGCUUUUCUUGGAUAUGGACCUGAAGACUCACAAUUUGUUAUUGAACUCACGUACAAUUACGGAGUUGACAAGUAUGAUAUUGGAAGUGGAUUUGGCCAUUUUGGUAUUGCUGUUGAUGAUGUCUCAAAAACAGUGGAGCUAAUAAGAGCUAAGGGUGGCAAAAUAACUAGAGAGCCUGGUCCUGUUAAAGGAGGCAAAACAGUAAUUGCAUUUGUUGAAGAUCCGGAUGGUUACAAAUUUGAACUUUUGGAAAGAGGUCCCACUCCCGAGCCAUUGUGCCAAGUGAUGCUUCGAGUGGGUGAUCUUAAUCGUUCGAUAGAAUUUUAUGAGAAGGCUUUUGGUAUGGAGCUUCUUCGUACACGAGAUAAUCCAGAGAACAAGUAUACCAUAGCAAUGCUCGGUUAUGGUCCAGAAGAUAAAACUACCGUUCUGGAGUUGACUUACAAUUAUGGAGUCACCGAAUAUGAUAAAGGAAAUGCUUACGCUCAGAUUGCAAUAGGUACAGAUGAUGUGUACAAAACUGCCGAAGCGAUUAAACUAUCCAAGGGAAAGGUUACUCGAGAACCUGGACCACUGCCUGGUAUCAACACAAAAAUUACUGCAUGCUUGGAUCCUGAUGGAUGGAAAACGGUUUUUGUAGAUAAUAUUGAUUUUCUUAAGGAGUUGGAGUAGAAGAGUAUUUAGGCAGGUCAUCAUCAUAGCAAUCUUGUAAUAUCCGUACCCCUCUGCCAAAGAAUUGGUGUCUAUGUGAAGGAAAAAGUUAUUGUAUAAUAGCCAAAUCCGAUUUUGUAGAAAUGUAAUAAUGAAUUUAGCAAUGACCCUUGUAACAAAUGCUAGAACAACAUAGUGGUUGAAUUACUAUACAGUUCUUUAUUCAAUAUAUUGUUUGAUGGUUCAUUUAAAACGCAA